UGUACCGCGUCAAUAGAUCUGUGGCCGUGUGGCGUCAAUCGUCAUUUUUUGGUUGUUUGACUUUUCUAUUUCUAUUUUAUUUACACACAUCUAAGAACUAAAAUCAUUAUGGAUGAAAAUAUGGAGCCCUUGCCUCAACCUAAUAUAGAGUUCCCUCCAAGGGAAGCCGCGAUGGAAACUGAGCAACCAAGUGAGAAACCUACGUCUCAGCCGUCUGAAAUAACUGGUCCACAAAGUGGGAGGCAUGAGGAAUUUUCUGUAGAGAAAGUGUUGGACAGAAGAAUCAAGAAUGGCAAGGUCGAAUAUUUACUGAAAUGGAAGGGCUACUCUAAUGAAGAUAACACAUGGGAGCCUGAAGACAAUCUCGACUGUCCAGAGUUAAUAUCGGCUUAUGAAGAAGCAAGAUUGAAACGGGAGCGAGAAGCAGCACCACCCGCUGAGGCUAUUGAUGAAGGACAAACUAUAAGGAAGAGGUCAAAGAGAGGGGAUAAAAAGAAAAAUAGGGUUGAGGAAAUUGAAAAACCAAGAGGUCUAGCGAGGGGCCUACUUCCACAAAAAAUUUUAGCUGGUCAACUGUUUCAUGGUACUUUGUUCUUUUUAGUACAAUGGCAAGGCUGCACAGAAAUGGAUGUGGUACCCGGCCACGAACUGGGCCAAGCUUAUCCAGAUUUUGUGAUCAAAUAUUACGAGAGCUGUGCACCAUUUAGUGUGAGACAUCCAACGAGAUUAGUGCCGCGAGCUGUGCCAGAGGAUACUCCAGAAGAAACUAUAGAGAGUUCAAGCACACCCAUGGAUGUGAAUGAGACAGCAGAAGAGAGCACUAUUGAACCACAAAUAAGUGAAGUCACAGAGCCUGCACAACCAACACCUGAGACUGAAAGCCAACCUGUGGAAGUUCCCGUUAAUUAAUAAUAAAUAAUUAUAUGUAAAAUAAG